AUGGGCAAUUAUUUUUAUGGUGCUACUUUAAGUGUUAUAACUGUGAUUAUUGAUGUUAUUGAAGUUGAGCAACAAAAUUCACCUAGUUUGAGUGUUCAAAUGGUCUUUGAUCCUGAUCUUUGCCAUCGGCUUCCUCUGUUCGCCUUGCUAUUUUGUAGCUGGAAGUGGGAGAUAGCUAGGUUCACUCCCUUGUUUGGCCGUUCUUUACCUCUUCUCUGCUUCGUAGCUGACAGUGAUGCGUGGUGCGUCAUCUUGAACUUCUCUUCCUCCUCAGCUAUGGGCGUGAGUUUGCGUUUCUGCUCUUCACCAUCGACUUGCUUCCUAGAUCUUUGCCAUCGGCUUCCUCUGUUCGCGUCCAUAUUUUGUAGCUGGAAGUGGGAGAUAGCUGGGUUCACUCCCUUGUUUGGCCGUUCUUUACCUCUUCUCUGCUUCGUAGCUGACAGUGAUGCGUGGUGCGUCAUCUUGAACUUCUCUUCCUCCUUAGUUAUGAGCGUGAGAUACAAGGAGAAAGAGACGACGGUAGGUACAGGGGAAAGAGUGAAAGCCAACAAAAUGAACCUCCCACAGCCACUAAUCAACUCCCACAACACAACGCUAGCAAGAGAGGAACAUGAACGCUCUGAGGUCUCCCACAACACCGACGGCGAACUCCAAUCGAAGACAACGAAGGAGAAGAUACCCACGCACUUGCCACCGUCUCACAGAAAACGAGCAGAGAAAUGGCAGUGAAACAGGGGAAGAAUCACACCAACGGCGGACGAAAUAACAGCAAACACACCGGAGAUGGUGGCUUGCGUGAACGACGGUGCGACCAGUGAUUGACAAGGAAGAAAGGAAAAGAUCGAUGGAUGACAGGCGAGGGAUUGGUAUCCAGUUCUCUAAUUCUCUGCUUCUCAGAAUGCUCGAAGAAGGCAAGAAGAGAGAAAAAAUAUCUCAUGUGAUGAGGGCAUUUUGGUAAUUUUAGAAGCUGAAAAAAAAAAAAGAAAGACUUUGUUUGUGCCUCAACAGAUUCGAACUCUAGA